AUGCCAAGUCGUGAGGGCGACAUCCUGCCACAGUCUACACUCACCACCUCUCUCUGCAACAGCCACAUAGCCCCGUCUGCGCGGUACCACGGAGAUGUCAUGGUUGGGUUCCGGGGGAAUGUCGGUUCCACCGGCAAGGGUAUCUUAAUCGGGAUUCUCUCUGCCUUCGGCUCCGCUAGUGUCGCAAUCGCUGUGCUUGCUAUAUUUUUCUUUUUCCGAUAUACCCAACAGGGGCGCGUUCUUCUCGACCGGAUAGGGAGGCCUGGUGAAUAUGACGAUGAACAGGCCUUUGCACAGGAGGAGGCUGAGGCGCUGGAGUCGAUGGAUGAGUUACAGCAGGCGGAAUAUCUGAGGGCUAAAGCCUUCAUUCAAGCAAACCCACCCGAGACGAUGCAAACCGAUAUAUCACUUUCGCAAUUCUUAGCCAUCCAAGAAAAGGGUGUUUCUGCAUGGGAAUUUGAACCGGAACUCGAGAUUGCUAACUGCUUUGUUGAGGCUCGGACCGAAAUCGAGUUCUUUGAUUCCGAAUGUAGUGUCCAAAGCAACCUGCCCGUUCCCAAGCAGAACGAGGUCUACUAUUGGGAAGCUAAGAUAUACGACAAACCAGAAACUAGCCUUAUUAGCAUUGGCAUGACGACAAAGCCAUACCCUCUAUUCCGUCUACCUGGCUUUCAUAAGACAUCCGUCGCCUACUUAUCUACAGGACAUCGCCGCUACAAUCAACCUUUUACCCCUGCCGGUUACGGGCCCGAAUACGUUCAAGGGGAUGUAAUUGGUGUGGGCUAUCGCCCGCGCACCGGGACCAUCUUCUUCACCCGCAACGGGAAGAAACUCGAUGACGCUGUCCAUGGACUAAAAUCUCAAAACUUCUUCCCCACCGUCGGAGCCAAUGGCCCCUGCACAGUGCAUGUGAACUUUGGCCAGAUGGGUUUCGUCUUCAUCGAAGCCAAUGUCAAAAAAUGGGGUCUCGCACCGAUGACGGGUUCCCUUGCUCCUCCGCCACCGUACGGAAGUGAGCAGGGCAGCAUCCUUCUCGAGACUGGCCGUGAAGGCCACCAUCCCACCCAGUGGUGGCAGCACGAGACGGGACAAUCACGAACACGUAGCGGGACAAUCAGGAUGACAUACCCCAUGAGUCCCGGUCCCGCUCAAUCGCCCACGGACAUUUCUCUCGCUCAACUUGCGCACAUACCAUCUCAGUCAGAUGUUGGGGAAGGGUCGAGUGGUGUGCCAAAUUUACCAAAUGUGGCACAUGAGCAGGAUGGUGGAACACUUCCACCAUCCACUGAUGGGAAUGCGGUGGUUCCACCUCCGGAAUAUUCUAGCCCGCUACAUAGUCCACCCCACAGCGACCACGGCGAGCAACCAACCCCGUCAAUUCCUCCACCCAACUCCAGAAGUCCACCGAUCCCAAGUUACGAUGCAGCCAUGAGGAAUGAUGGGGUUCCAAUGCAGGGUCAUUGA